AUGGGUCAGGGAAGGGGCAGUGUAACUCAAACAUGGUCUCUUGGGUUUGGAUUAAUGCUUUGUAUUUGUCUCCUUAAUCACAUCAAUGUGGUUGAAUCAACCUCUUACAAUGUUGGUGAUGGGGGUGGUUGGACAUUUGGUGUUAGUAAUUGGCCCAAUGGUAAGAGUUUCAAUGCUGGAGAUGUUCUUGUUUUCAAAUAUACGAAAGGGCUACACAACGUGGUCGUCGUCGACGCCAACGGGUACAAAAGCUGCAAAGCGCCGUCGGGCUCGAAGGUCUACGAUUCCGGCGACGACCAGAUUACGUUGAAUCAGGGUGACAGCUACUUCAUCUGCAGCAUCCCUGGCCACUGUGAUGGAGGUAUGAAGAUUGCAGUUCAUGCAGCGUAA